AUGAGCGAAUGUUUACCUUUUGGAGGAUUCGAAUGGGUACUUGAUCAAGAUAUCAAUGUACAAAAUAUUCCGGACGAUUUACCAAUAGGUUACAUUUAUGAGGUAGAUUUGGAAUAUCCUACAGAAUUGCAUGAUUUUCACAGAGAUUUACCUUUGGCUCCAGAGCAUUUUGUACCCCCUAAUUCCUCAUUUUUUGGUAUAAGUGCUGUGGUACAAAGACUCGGCUGCUGCUACAUCUUUAAAAAAAUCGAUCGAGAGGAUCUACCCCAACUAGUGAGAGAUUCGUUCGAAAGCAAUUCUGAAGGAGAAGAUAAUGAAAUUGUUGUGGUUUUCACAAAAAAACAAGCACAUGAUGUAGUAGAAGAAACCAGUGAUGAAGAAAUUACAGUGCUUUAUGUUAAGGAAAAAGAAAAAGAUGAUGAAAACGAAAGUGGUGAAGAAAAAGAUGUUCAAGAAGAAGGUGCUAAGGAAAAAGAAAAAGAUGAUGAAGACAAAACUGGUGAAGAAAAAGAUGUUCAAGAAAAAAGUGUUAAGGAAAAACGUGUUCAAGAAGAAGGUGCUAAGGAAAACGAAAAAGAUGAUGAAGACGAAAGUGUUGAAGAAAAAGAUUUUCAAGAAGAAAGUGUUAAGAAAAAAGAUGCUGAAGAAAGUGAUUAA